UUCAACCUCUUCUACCCCUUUCGUUCGUUGCGCUUUGCUCGGUGCGACUGCGUUGCUCACAUCUGAGCGUUCGCGGGAUAAAUACCAUCGAAGUUCGGGGUGCAAUCAUGUCUGCACACGAGAACGCUGGGGCAAAGGCCUCCGAAAAAGAGAGGGAGAAGGCCGAGGCCGAUUUGGAUGUCGAUGAUGAUCGAACGUCGGUGUCCUCGAUAUCGACAGACUCGCUCAGCUUCGAGGAAGAGGUCAUUUCAAUCCACCAGACUCUCAGUCGCAAUGCUGGUCUCGAUGAGCGUGAAAAAUCACUGGCCCACAUCACCACCGUCACGACAAACAUGACCACGGACCCACGCUUCGAGAUCGACUUUGAAAAGGGCGAGAGUCCGCAAGAUUGGAGCAUGGCCAAGAAGUGCAUGGUCAUCUUUUUUAUGAGUUUCUCGACCUUGGUCGUGGUGAUGUACUCUACUUCUUAUACAGCUGGUGUUCCGGGAAUGAUGGUCACCUUCCACGUAACAUCCAAAACGAACCUUGUCCUCGGUUUAACGACAUAUUUGGCAGGCCUUGCGCUCGGAUCCGUCAUACUUGCGCCCUUAAGCGAAAUGUAUGGACGACGCCCAGUUUAUUUAAUUGCGGUUGCCAUGUUUAUUGUUCUGAUCAUCCCAUGUGCGUUGGCACAGAAUUUGGCCACCAUUCUCGCAGUGCGUUUUUUCGGUGCCUUCGCCGGUGCAGCAAUGAUUUCCAACGCGCCAGGAACGGUGUCCGACAUUGUCAGCGACGACUAUCGCGCUCUUGCAUUUUCUGUCUGGUCAAUUGGGCCGAUGAACGGCCCUGUAGUCGGGCCUUUGGUGGGAGGCUUUGUAUUCCAGUACAUGGGUUGGCGCUGGACCAACUGGGUCGUAAUGAUCGGGUCUGGGGUAUCCUGGUUCAUGGUAUUCUUAAUAGGCGAGACUUACGCGCCCGCGCUUUUGCGCGCGAAAUCAGCAAAGAUGCGCAAAGAAACCGGCGAAGAGCGCUGGUAUUCGCGCUACGAUGAUAAGAAAAAAUUCUGGCCAAUGCUGAAGGAGAACUUGUAUCGCCCGCUCGUCAUGAGCGUCAAAGAGCCCAUUUGCAUCUUCUGGAACGUCUAUAUCGCGCUUGUAUACGGCGUUCUCUACCUUUGCUUCGUGUCCUAUCCAAUCGUUUUUAGUGAGCUUCGUGGCUGGAGUCCUGGCCUUACUGGUCUCGGGUAUAUUGGUAUCGGUAUUGGAGGUAUGAUCACGAUCUGCUCUGAGCCUCUGCUACGGCGCCUCAUCAAUUCGCAUAAGCCGGAUCCCGUAACCGGGAAGCCUCCUCCAGAGGCAAUGGUCAGUGUCGUAUGCAUAGCUGCUGUGUGCGUACCUGUGGGCGAGAUGAUAUUCGCUUGGACAUGCACGCCGGACGUGCACUGGGUUGCUCCUAUCAUUGCUGGGAUUCCAUUUGGUGCAGGAAAUUGCGGUGUGUUCAUUUACGCAUCGAAUUACCUCGUUCAUUCGUACGGCAUCUAUGCUGCAUCAGCUCUCGCGGGCAACGCCGUCCUUCGAAGUGCUAUGGGGGGCACUCUUCCGCUUGCGGGACCUGCAAUGUACAAAUCUCUUGGCCCUCAUUGGUCCGCUACUAUGCUCUCGCUCAUAGAGUUCGCCAUGAUCCCCAUUCCCCUCAUCUUCUACCGAUAUGGCCACAAAAUCCGUGAGAGAUCCACCCUGAUCCGACAAAUGCGUGAGGACAGGGAGAAGCUGGAAAACAAGAUGAAGAAAGUUGCGGAAAGGGAAGAACGAUUGAGGACGAGGGAGGUCACAGCGAUAGAUGAGAAGGAGAAGGUAGAGGUGUGAACAAAGUUCUAUGUAAAGCAACAUUGAAGAGUUAGUUCUGGCAGCAAUGCAUUUGUAUGAAUAUAGAUUAUCAUGAUAGAACAUAUACUCGUACUGAAGCGCUAUACUUCUUCUCAUCGUCAAGACUGGCUGGAACGAGGAAUGCUAGCAGCUACAAGUACACUGUCUAUGACGUACAAAGACUACAUGGACUGUCUCAU